AUACAUUUUAUACUUCUAGUUUAUCGUUUCUGGAAAAAUAUUAGCAUUACAAAGGUACCAAACACUACAAAAGUGAAUGGAAGCAAUGCGUUCAUUUCUUAUACGUAUGUUUAGUACGAGAUUCGUAAAAUAUGAAAUUUUCCACAGUGCUUAUAGUUUCCUUAGCAGUUAUCUUACUAAUCGAUGAUGUGAGAGCAGACGAAUCUCAUGAAGACGAAUCGGAAGAAGAACGAUGCUUUCAUCACACAAGAUAUGAAGGUAGGAGACCUCCGUGGAGAACACCAAAAAGACCCACCAAAAAACCCAAAAAGAAAAAACCCACGCUAACACCAGCACCAGAUUCUGAGACACAAUCAAAUUUAAGUACUGAAGGUAAACCGACUCCAGGAUCUGGGGGACAAACAAAACCAGAGGACAAGGAUAAAACAGAUCCAAGUAGUACAACUCCAAGCAAACCAGGAAGCACUCAAGAUCCUAAUCAAAAAGAUUCUAAAACACCGAAGCCCGGGAUAAAUGAAUCGGAUAAACAAGAUACAACAACCAAAAGUAGCCCGUCAACAGAGAACACGUCACCGCAGCCAUGAUUAAUUAUUCAUUACGUUACAAUAAUGGAAGACAUUUUGUUGCUAGAUUAGAGGAGUUCGUUUCUAUCCAUACGAGAUAAGAAUACAUUAUAUACUUAGUGACAUAAAAAAACAACACCCGGUAAUAAUGAAUUUGUCACACACAUUUUUAUUUGAUCAAAAGUUCAGGAAAAUCCAACCGUUGGAAAAAAGGUAAAAAAUUAAUUACAUGUUUUGAGGCUCCACGAUGUCUCGUGAACUCAGAAACACGUCUGGGCUUGCUUCUAAUAAGAUGGAUCAACUUCCUUUCAACGUAUCUCAUUCCAGACUACUUCAACUAUAAAAUAUUUGUAAUAAGUCCACUCUUACUGGGUCUUUUUUUUUCUAUAUCACUUAUUAGAUUACUUCACCUGUUAUUUGUUGCUUGCAUGUGAAUUAGAUUAUGUUCGAACCCAACGCCAUAUGGACUAAAAUUGGUCAAAGCAGUCACAUAUCCGAGAUAUAGAGUCAACCUACUUGACACUGAUUUUUAAAGGACUGAAUAAAAUUUCUGUGCUUUUUUAUUUUUGUUUACCUAUAAAACUUGAGUUACCUGCUGUUAAAUUUAUUCAAAAGAGUGGAAUUGAAAGUUGAUUAGAUAUGUUCACUUUCAAAAGACACAUUACCUCAUUUUAGAAUUUUUUCGCGUUUGCAAUACAGAAAGACAUUCAAUAUUCUUUGUUCCCAGGUAUUAAAAAUACCAAUUAAGCUCUUCAGAUAAAAUAAAUAUUUUCUACGUUUCUAAAUUGCGCUCCAUUUCCCGUUUCCAUGGUGACGUAAUUAUUAAUCUCAAAUUGCCGACUGGGAAUACUCAUGAUAUUCAAAUAUCGCUUAAUUAUAUCUAUUUACUUACAGUCUAUAUUGCUACAGAAUGAUGUCUUCAACCCUAGUUUAUAUUCAAGCACUACAAAAUUACGAGUAUUGUUUAAUAAAUGGCGUCAAGUAGGUUGCCUCUGCACUUCCCACGAAACUCCGUCAUCAGUUCAUAAAGGAUUAUGUUCAGCCUAUGAGAGAAAAGUUAGUUACGAACAUAUAACUGAUUAGUUAAACAGAUCACAUCAGCCAAACAGCCCCAUACAAUUAGUCCACAGACAUUCCUUCCCUGCCCUACCGGUAGUACCAUCCGUCUGGCAAAGUCGUAUCACCCCAUAAAUGUCCAUACGACGCGACACGGCGGCAGGAAUGGCAGGACGCAUCAAUACUGGUACGCUCGAAAAUAUUUUUUUCUUCGUUUCUUGUCCCAAUGUCUCACCGCCACUGGAGCAAUUUUCAAGAACUACAAAGCGUUUUCGUCCGUGGCGCAGUAGUAACUUUCUGGGAACAUUUUAUCCAAAUCCAAGCGAUACUUUCCAAGUUAUAAACGGGCCAAGGAUUAGCAGACAGACAAACAGACUGACGGAACUGGUGACAUACAUAACAUAGCAUAUGAAUACCUUGCAAUCACAUGGUUCAUCAAAAACUUGACAGUAACCAAAAGUAUAAUCAAAUGAUAACUCAUGAGUUAUUAUGACGUCACUGCGAUGCGCGUAAAAAUGCGGCGUUUAAAUCAACGUCAUUUGCAUUGCAGUUUUAAAUAUUUAAUCAAAAGUAGAUACAGACUUUUCCAUUAAUAAAAUAUGUAUUAAUGGUAUUAUAUUCACGUAAGUAAUCAUCAGGAAAUACAAAAAAAAUUACGGGAAUUCCCUAUUUGUGUGGGGAGCAAAGGUCUUCUGAAGUUUGCUCAGUGCCGAAGAUUUUCAGCUAUGUAUAUUAUUGAAAUUGCUGUCUAUAACAAACAAUGCUAGCAUGUAAAAGAGAUUCAAAAUCCAGAGCCAGUAUGGUUUUUCUAGCAUUUCCAAGGCACUCUGAUUUAGAUUGUUUUGGAUGUGUCUAUGAGGUCAUAUUCACAGAGCGUCGUCCACGAAGUAUUGACAGUUGAUUACAUGAAAAACCUUCCUAGGAUUCUACAGUGCCCACAAAAAUCAACCUUGUAAUUCGAACUAAGGUACCUGAACCAAAUAAGGCCAAGCCCCCCCCCCCUUUAUUUUAAGUAUUCCCCAAUAGACCCUAAAAAAUAAGAUUCUCUCUACGUCCCUGGAUUUUCUCUCAUUGAAAACAUAUUAGGUACCAUACUUUACUUCAGAAUAGUGUAAUAAAGCCUCAUUAUGCAUGCAAAAAGAACCAAUUUCGGGGCUCUUAAUAGGCGUAACAAGUUAAAAGGGUAUGUAUGAUAAUUUAAAUCCCAUAAUAUUUUACCUAUGAAGAAAAAAGCAGAGAUAAAUUGCCUUCAAAAUUAUUGUCACGUGCAGGCAUUAUUAUGUUUUAAUAUUAUUAGCUUUCAAUAGACUAAAGCAAAGCAGGAUCAAUUUUUGCGGAGAAAUACAAAAAAAUACUACCCAUUGGAGCUAAACAAAAAAAUUAGCUUUUUAUAGGUUCUUACCGAGCUACUUUAGCACCUCUGCUCUGAGGUUCAUUUAAAUUUGCAUUAUUUGCCAAAAACUCGUACACCAUUUCCACAUUCACAUGGGGUAAAUUUCGCGAAUCAGCUUUUUGAUAACAUUGACGCAUUGUGAUAGUACGAGGGAUGAUGAAGUUUUGCAUAUGGAAAUAAAACAACACGUAAGGUAGUUGUUAUUCCACUCGUUUGCUGGCAGAUCCAAAACAGCAUUUUUGAAUGCGUCAACUGCUUCUCCUGGUGACUGGAACCUUUGACCACGCAGUCUGUUUUUAAUUUUCGGGAAAGUAAAGAAAUCGUUAGGACUUAGAUCGGGACUAUAUGGAGGAUGGUCCAAUAGUUCCACGUUUUCUUCCGUUAAAUACUGCCUUGUUUUUGGGAUGUGUGCGAGCUUGCAUUGUCUUGGUGGAGGAUGAUUCUUCUUUCGGGGUUGAUUUUUCGAAGCUCGGUGAUGACUUUUGGCAAACAAAUGGUGGUAUACCAAUCCGCAGUAACAGUUCUUUGCUCAUUAAGAGGAAUUGUUGCAAUAUGACCCACUUUUGACACAAAUGUCGCGACCAUCUUUUUCGAAACACUUCGAGAACGGAUGACUUUUGUUGGCUUUUCUUCACCUUGGAACACCCAAACAGCCGACUGUCGUUUAUUUUCUGGUUCAUAACAGUAAAUCCACGAUUCAUCAUCACUAACAAUGCUGUACACAUUUUUUGAUUUUCCGGAAUUGAAACGGUCAAGCGUUUUGUAACCUGGCUGCUUUCUGCUCUUUAGUCAAGAGGUGGGGUAUCCAACGAGAAACUAAUUUUCUUACUCCUAAUUCUUCAUGUAAAAUUUUUUGAAUUGAGGUCUUUGAGAUCUUCAAGGACGCCUCAAUCUCGCGAUAUGUCACAUGUCUAUCUUAAAUGAUGAGUUUGCGCACAGCAUCGACGUUUUCCUGGGUGACUUCCUUUUUUGGUGCACCCAACCUGGGAUCGUCGCUAAGACUAACCCGUUCACGUUUGAAUUAUCGGUACCAAUGGAAAAUUGUCGACUGAUGUGGCGCUUCGUUGCCGAAAACAGACGGUAACUCAGCAAGGCAUUUUUGUUGCGAUAAUUGUCUUUGAAAGUUGUAAUAAAUUAUGGCGCAAAAAUGUUCUCGGUUGAGUUCCAUUUUUCUAAUUACUUGGUGACACUUAAAAAUUCACUGUAGUGAGAACACUGCACGUAUUGUUGUGAAACUUUGAAUUUAAGUUUAUUAAAGAGUGAGGUCAGGAUUCAGUACUGACGUUCGAUCCGCGCGGCCUACUAUGUUUCUAUUUGCAAAACUUAAAAGACAUCCCUCGUACACAAACGUCGGUCCCAGUUUAUAUAAAUUCGUAUUCGUAUACUCUUCACUCCGUAUACAAGACACAAGAUACAAGUACUCUAUGAGGGCGACAGCACAUGUCAGGCUACUGACGUCACGCGGUCUAGUCUCGCGUCGAUCAUUGAUUUUAAAAAGCUUUCCGUCGACGUAAAUAUUAAUAUUUUGCACUGAAAUUUCUUUGACCGUUUUUUAAUAACAAAAUCCCUCGAUUUUAAUUAAAAUAAGAGAAUUACGAAAAAUGUCGAACCUUCCUAUUUGCCACGCUCCAUGGUAUGUCUCAAAUGAGACACUAC